AUGUUCGUGCAGGAGGAGAAGAUCUUCGCGGCGAAGGUGCUGCGGCUGCGCAUCUGCGCGCUGGACGGCGCCGAGUGGCUGGAGGAGGUGGCCGAGGACACGGCCAUCGAGCGCCUCAAGGAGCGCUGCCUCAAGCACUGCGUAUCGGGCAGCUUGGAAGACCCAAAAUGCGUGACUCACCACAAACUCAUCCACGCUGGUUCGGAGAAGGUGCUGAACGACACCAAGACAGUCUCGGAGGAAAACAUUCAGGAUCGAGCAUGUCCGUGACUCAGGCCAUGGAGUGGCUCAUUGAGCACGCCGAUGACCCCACUGUUGACGCCCCCAUGCCGGGCCACGCCCCCAUGGAAAGCGCAGCCGAAGAAGCGGGGUCUGCCGUCCCCCAGGCGGUCAACGGGGCCAGCUCAGCGGAGGAGCCCAAGGACGAGCUGACGGAAAUAUUCAAGAAGAUACGAAGGAAACGAGAGUUUCGUCCGGAUCCGCGGGCGGUGGCGGCCUUAAUGGAGAUGGGCUUUGACGAGAAAGAAGUGGUGGACGCCCUCAGGGUCAACAACAACCAGCAAAACGCCGCCGUGAGUCUCCCCCGACUUGAGCAGGGCUGACCUGCUUCUCCCACGCAAGCUUCCCCAGGAGCCCAAAGUCCGCCGGGGGAGGGGGGGAACGUGGCAGCUUCUCCCAAGGAGAAAAAGGGGUCAACCUACUCUCCAAAGCUCCUGAAGGGCAAGACUAGAAGUAGCCGGUGGAAACUUAUUAAAGAGAGAAGCAACAUAGAACUCGGGAGGAAUUUCCUGGCAGGGAGGGCAAUGAACCAGUGGGACGGCUUGCCUCCAGAAGUUGGGGGUGCUCGAACACUGGAGGGCUUUCAAGAGUCUCUGUAAGGUCUCCUGCCUUGAGCAGGGGGGUUGGACUAGAAGACCUCCAAGGCCCCUUCCCAUCCUAUGAUUCUGUGUCCGGAAAUGCUUGGAUGGGCUCCUUCAAAAACCCUGCUGACUGCAUGUUUAGUGAGAUGAUGGUGAUGAUAGCAAUUAAGCUUGUAAUCUACCCAAUUCUGGAUGGUUAAAAUGAAAGUGAAACCUUUUUCCAAGGGGGUUGCGUUCUUGGAAGAGUUU